ACCUUUCAAACUCCAGUACUGGACCAGCGAUCAUGACAAGCCAGACCUGAACAAGGCUUCAACUAUGCUCUGUGUACACCUACAAAAGGUAUUUCAACCAUUUUAGGAAUCUGUGUGCCACGUUGACGCGUGUUUUUUUAGCGUUUAGUAUAACCGCAGCCGCACAUUCAAGACAAACUCUAAAACAAACAUGAACGCCAGCCGUUGCUAGCUGUGCAACCAGCUAGCCGUUAGCUGCCACAGAUAACAAGCUAAAUAGCUGAAGUUUACAGUAACGUCAGCAACCGUUGCCAACUGUAUUAUCUAUUUAAUUUUGGUGGCGUGGUAGCUUCUUGAGAGGUAGAGUUUCACGUCCUUAACCCGAAAGAGGAAGCUUUCAUGUUGGAGGCAAAUCAAUCAGUAGAAGCUAGCCAGCUAGUUUAUGCUAGCACCAUGCCAUAACAGGCUGAGAGUCAGCUGAAGUGUUUGCUAGUGUUUCACACAGACAGGUCACUUUAGUUAGUGUGUCUGAACGGAACCAUUCAUAGUGAUUAACGUGACUGUGAUGUUAUAUAAAAGGAGAAGAGGUAAAACUGGAUAGACCAGCGUUAGAGCAGCUUACAAGGAGUUGUCAGAUGGUCAGCUAAGAACUGAGAUAAGUCAGUGUUGAAUAAUAAAAGUCAUUGAACAUGGACCAGGAAACUGUUCUGUGGUCUGACAGAUAAGAACAUACAGCUGAGAAGGCUCCUUUUUAAUAAGUGACAAUAUUUACAGGGUUUGGAGCACAGUUUGCUGCCGUCCAGAUAGGGCUGGGCGAAAUGAGAAAAAGUUCAUCACGAUAUAUUUUUUUCAUAUCAGUGGAUAUCGAUUUAUAACACGAUAUAAAAAAUGAAAUUGAACAGUGCUUAUUGGUAGCAUGUCUUUUGCAAUACAACAAGCUACUGCAUCUGUGAGGUCUUUGUGAUCUUUGAAUGGUCGGCUGUUUCGGCUGCACAGGUGUCACCCAUAGACUGUAUAUACUAUGGACAACUUUGUUCCGCCUCCCACCUGUAUAUGGAUUUGAAGCCAAAAAGCUCUCUGUAUUUCUGGGAUUUUUCUUCAUUUCCUGAAACCAGCGCUGCGCAUUCGGCGGGAGAGUCGCCAUGAUGACGCUCGGCUCAAACAGCGUAUCCCCCGGGAGAGCUACGCAAUCCCUGAACGCCAGUAGGCUGUAUCAAGUGUCAAUCAAAGAAAACAUGAACCCCCUAAUAACUUUUAAAAAUGGAGCUUCACAGAAAAAAGAGGACUUGAGCACAAAACAGUCAUACCGUAACUACAUGUCAACAUCUCAAGCAGGAGGGACAAAAAUUUAUGUUCUGUGUAAUAAAUUUCUAAAGUUUGUCCACAUCUCCAUAAGCUUUGCUGGCGGAGGCGGGAUUUAUGACCUUUACUGCAGCCCGUCACCAGAGGGUGCUGUUCUCGGAGUGGCUUCACCCAGCGAGGAGGCAGACUCUGUCAAUUCUAUAUACAGUCUAUGGUGUCACAGGCUCCUUGCUCCUUGCUCGGGGUUUGUAACCUUUUGCAUUGCGCGUGCUCUGCCGUGUGGCACUGCUUCAGGUGGUGAAAAAGAUUUGAGGUAUUCCCUAACUUUGCGGGAACAUGUACUCAACAUAAGUUGCAGUGCACAUUACUCUGCUCCGUGUCUGACCUCAAAAAAACAAAAUAUUUCCACCGAUGUUUUGGUGCCAAUGUUGUAGACAAUGUCAUCAUCUCAUGAGCCUUUUCUGCUGGAGGUAGCACUCAUUUUCAUUUUCUUUUAUUCUCUCCGACAGUGCUGUCAGCUUUACAUGUUAAAGUGCUAUGGUUGCAUGUAGCUGCAGCCCGCUACUGCGCAGUUGUUUGCUACUUGGUUCUAAUUGAUAUUGAUAUUGAGGGGAAUUAAUUUUUGAUAUAUAUCAUUAUCGUUUUAUCGCCCAGCCCUAUAUACAGGUUUUGGUUACAAUUUGCUGCCAUCCAGACCCUGUCUUUAUCAGGGAAGAUGCUGUUUAUUACAGCAAAAUAAAAGCCUAACCAUUUUGCAUGAGUUACAACACCAUGGUGUGCUAAAGUGGUCCGCCUGCAGUUCUGACUUAAAUCCUAUACAACAGUUUAACUUGUUGUCCAACCCUACUAUUUCCCAAUUAACUGAAAUUUAAUUCCCCAGUUUUAGCAUAAAACCGUUAUGGAAAACUCGGGCAGGCCAUAUCGAGCCAGGCAAGGCGGCUGGGAAAGGGGAGCAGCCUCAGACAAAGCAGAAAGCUGGAGGACCCAGGACCACGGACGAGGACAGAACUACAGAUCAGAUGGGGGUCAGCAGGGCAGGAGCCAUAGCGGGCCAUACCGGGCCAGUCCCAAGAAGGGAGGGCUGGGGCCCAUGAGUUUUUCCCCUGGUGGCUUCAGAGGAGGUCACAGCCCCUCACACAGCGAUGAACCGCGGUGGUACUCUGGUCCUGGGAACAGUGGUGGAAGUCGGGAAGAUAACUGGAGAGAACGCUCACAGCAGCAGCACUGGAGGAGGAGUACCCAGGGAGAGGGUCCAAGAGAGGACAGAGAGGACAAUGAAAGUGGUCCUAACAAAUCAGGUGAGGGCUUGAAAAUUAGCGUCAUUAAAAAAUUGAACACUGUCUUUACUGUCAUCAUUACAACAAUAAUCUGGGGCCGUCUGUUAAAGACAACAAUAUUUACACACACUUUGGCACCAGUUCUCAAGGAUGCAGGCUGCUGUACAAUCAAUCCUAGUUUGAUUCUGACUGGAGGAACUGGUCAUACUCAACCAUCGAGCACAUGUUUGCACUGCUGAUAAGCUUGACAUUUUAAAAAAAAUCAGCAAGUAAAAUUUUAACGCAUUGUUUUUUGGUUUUAAAGGGAAAAGACGAAGAAACAGAAACAAGAAAAAGCCUUUUCCCGAAGAGAGUAGAGGUCAUGAAGAGUCCACGCUCUCCGCCACAGAGCUGCGCAGCUUACGGCAGACAGAAAGGCGACUUAACAAAGAAGAGAUCUACUCCUUGAAGAAGGUACAUUUUCUCAAAUUAUUGUUAAAAAGAGACUAGAAACAAAUAAAAACAGAUUAUUUUAAAAGUAAAUAUUUUUAUUUUUGGACUUUAUCAAGUUAAAUUUUUAAAACAAAUGCUGGUUCCAAGAUUGUGUAAAACUUUAUAUCUUUUAUGCAAGUACAAUUUGUCAGUCAUUUUGGUCAGUGUUACAGAUUUUUUUGAGCUUAUGAACUGCUGCUGACUUACAAACACUUGUAAAAUCUUGAUGUUUUAUGAUACCUGUACUUGUCUCCCUGUUGAAUUCAGAGGUCUCAGAGUAACCCUGCUGCGCUGUACACCUGUACUCUGUGUGACAUUCUCCUGGAAUCAGUGUCUGAUGCUUACAGGCAUAUCAGAGACAAACGGCAUAAGAAGAGGGCCAGGGUGAGACAUGGUUUUAUUGUGCAUCAAAGCAUCAAAACAAUUACACUAUAUGUUCUCAGUCAGGUAGUGUUGCUCUGAUGCCAUUCCGCCUCAAUGUCCUGCAUGUUUGUUAUCCUUUAAAACCUGUUGUAAAUGUGUAUGUGUUUGCAUCUCCAGGAGAGGCAAGAGCAAGUGAUGCUGACGGAGAUUCUGCCUCCUGGUCCAGAGCACAUCAGUGCUGUGAGUGCCGCACUGGAAGUUGUUAUCCGAGAACACGGGCUGAAUGACGAGGAUGUUGAGAAGAGACAGAAUGUUGUCUCCGUCAUGCAAGACCUUCUUCUGUCCGUCCUGCCCGGUAAGUUAGGCACCCAAGGAGGUUGUGAUCUGAAUUCAUCCUGAUGGUGACAUUUCUGUCCAGUACUCUGGCUCGUUCUUCUUAACAUUCAUUUACUCAAAAUGACUGUCUUCUGAUUUGUGUCACUUUUAGAGAUCAGGCUCAGGCUUUAUGGAUCAUCUUGCACAAAGUUUGGAUUUAAGGAUUCUGAUGUCAACAUUGACAUCCAGUAUCCACCUCAUGUGAGUAGCCUAGUGUGUCUGAUAUCACCUGAAAGCAAUCUUUUUUAAAAAGACAAGAGUAGUCCACCUCAAUAAACGACAACAUUUCCUUCUUCUACUAUUAGAUGUAAUUAUAGUAUAUGCAUUGAAUGUGUUUGAUGUGAGUUGGACACUCUGUUUGCAGAUUUUCAUUUUAUAUUGCAGUUAUCUUACACAGAAGUUUUUCAACUACUUGUAUCCACAGAUGCAUCAGCCAGAUGUCUUGUUGUCGGUCAAAGAGACCCUCUCUGUGAGCCGUGAGUCACCUCCUACUCAUUUAUCAGCAAGAAUUUUCCUCGCUCCACUCGAGGAAACUUUGUCACGCGCUUGAGUAUUAUGGAAGUCUGAAAACUGUCAUUGUUUCCACAGCGUUGUUUGUUGAUCUGGAAGCUGAUUUUCAUGCCAGAGUGCCAGUGGUCAUCUGCAAAGAGAAAAAAAGGUGGGUGUGAACAGCACUUUCUCAUAGUAUAGAAAUCCUCCAAAUACAGACAAAAUACUUUGAUCUGGUUUUAUUACAACAUGCACAAGAGCAAUCGCUAAUGAAAACUGACUUUUUUUUUCCUACAGCGGUCUGAUCUGCAAAGUCAGUGCAGGGAAUGAAAAUGCCUUCCAAACCACCUCCUAUCUCUCUGCUCUGUCCAGUCGGGAGCCUCUCGUCCUCCCACUGGUUUUGGCAUUCAGACGCUGGGCUCAGGUAUAACACUCGAAUCUGUGAGCCAGCCAAUUACUAGAGUCCUGGAAGAAAACAGGAGUUUUUAAAACAUGACAUUUUGUUUUUUAACACUGUUCCCCCUCUUUCUUUCAUAGAUCUGUGAGAUUGACCGUGCAGAAGAAGGUGGGCUGCCACCGUACAUCUUUGCCCUCAUGGUUAUCUUCUUCUUACAGCAGCGUAAAGAGCCCCUCUUGCCUCCCUACCUAAAACAAGAGGUGUGUUUCUUUUCAUGGUUUUUCCUGAAACAAUAAUUGCAGCCCUUAUUUUGGUGUUUUUUUCCUAGUUUAACCAAAUCAUCUGACUGUCCUUUUUUAGAUCAAGGUGUUUUCACUUAGCAGGCUGUCAGACUUCAAUCUCACGCAUGUGGAGGAUGGAUUUGUACACUGGACCUAUACACCUUCCUCCAAAGAGUCCUCACAGCCAACAGAGAGCUCCACUAUAAAGGGAAAGGUAAUCAUGAAGACACAAAUAUUGUUGUGUGUGAGAGGAGUGUGUUGGUUCCUUUUAUCAAAGAAAUAGUAUCAAGUUCUAUCAUUCGAAAUAUCUUCAAACUUAGUAACAUCAAAUAGUUCCUGAAACUGAUAGUGAAGGUACUUGUGUGUAAAAGCAUAAGCUGUAUCUUCUGGUUCUUUGCAGGUUCCACUGGUGUUUCAGAGUCCUCACCAACCUGUAGAAGUUGGACUCCUCUGGGUUGAAAUGCUCCGCUUUUACUCUUUGGAGUUCAACAUUGCUGACAAUGUGAUCAGUGUGCGAACGAGUGCAGUCCUCUCGAGGGAGAUGAAAGACUGGCCAAAGAAACGCAUCGCUGUGGAGGGUUAGGAAACUUCUUCUUCUCAUGAACUUAGAAGAUUUGUCACUCUUGACUUCUGACAAAAAUCAUUACGGAUUUCAUGCAUCAAAAAUGCUAAACACCUACUUUUACAGCUGUUGCAUGGCUCACAAAUCAGGCAUCAGCUUUAAUUAUAAAACAGAAAAUGAGGUUGCAGUUUGACAAGUUUGCCAACAUGACAGAUAAUAAGUUUUGCUUUAGCACUGUAAAAAAAAUGCCAUUGCCAGCAUGAGUGAGCACACCUAUGCAGUGUUCCUACCCAGAAUGAAGCAGUAUAACUUAAGUAUGUAUUGUAUGUAAUCAAUCAAAUGUUAUUUAUAUAGCGCCAAAUCACAACAGUUGUUAUCUGAAGAUGCUUCCAAAAAAAAGAUCAGGUCUAGACCACGCUCAUUGUUUGAUAAAUUACCAAGACCCAACCCUGAGAUGGGACAGAUUUGACCCAUCUCAACUAACAUGAGUGACAGUGGGAAGAAAAAAACUUCCUUUAACAGGAAGAAACCUUGGAGAGGACCAGACUCAUGUUAGCCAGCUACCUAGCCACUGCAAGGGAGAAAUACAGACAGGGAGGGAGAAAGAGACGGGAGUAGGAGGGGGGGAAGGAGAGGGAGAACAGGCAAGGGAGAGGGAGGAAGACAGAAAAGAUAACGAGUGUGGGAGAGAGCGAGAGAAAGGGGACAGCAAUGUAUUUCAUGAUGUGUUGAUGCUGUUCAUACUUUUUAUAAGUAGAAGUUUUCAAAGGGAAACAUCUGCACGCUGUCCAACUUGCAAGGAAAGGUAAAAUUAAUUGGCAACAUUUUGAUACUAGACCUCCAUCAGUAGACUAGACUUUGCCUGAUAAAGGUCUAGUACUGAAACAUUACAGAUAAAUUUGACCUUUGCGAGUCAGACAGUGUGCAGGUGUUUCCUUUGAACCAUUUGCUGGAUACCCUGCUUUCUGUUGCACCUGUUCUAAAUAGUAGAUGUCCAAAGUACCCCGUCUAUAAGUAAAAGUUUUAAAAUUGACAGUCUUGCUUAUAAUGUUCGAAUUUGACAUCACCGUUUCGUCUUUCAGACCCUUUUGCCGUGAAGAGAAAUGUGGCCCGCACAGUGAACAGCCAGCAGAUGUUCGAGUACAUCGUCCACUGCCUCAAAACUACAUACAAAUACUUUGCACUGCCUACUGAUGGCCAGAAGACACAGGCUCAGCGUGGUUCAGUUAAAGGGGCGAACGCUCAGGCUUUAAAUGAAGACAUCGUUUCAGAUUUCAGUCAGCUCGGCGUUCAGUCCCAACAUGAAGCUAAAGCUGUAGAAAAUGGUCCUGAAGACUCUGACUGCAUCAUUGAGGAAGAGGAGGAGGUUGAAGAAUACAGCGACUCCGAUGAAGAGAGGGAGAAGGAAAAAGUGGACCUGGGAAAAAGCAGUCUCUCUGAGGAUGAAGAGGAUGAAGACGUUGAAGUGGAUGUGGACACGCAUACCAGACAACACCUGGACAGCUUCACCACAGAGGACGAGGAGAUUUUCCCAGUGGAUGAGAUCUCAGGAGAGGAGCUUUUGUCCGAUGAGGAGGGUCCAGAUCUGGACACACCUGGUUCAAUGGAUGAGGAAGAAGAGGAGGAAGAUGGAGAGGGGGAGUUGGCAGCUGAGAAUGUUUCGCCUCCACCUUCAGAGAGCGCCAGUAAAGAUGGAACUGCAGAAAAUAAGAACCAAAAGCAGAAGAAACAAUAUGUGUUCACGAGACAAGCUUUCACCAAAGGAAAGGUAGGUCAGAACUCAAGAUAGUUUUCACUUUACAAGCAGUGGGAGUUCAACUCUCUCUGGAAAACAGUUUAUAAGUUCAAACAUGAGGAUAAGUGAUGCAGUAAUGUUGGUGGACCAGGAGGGUUUUCAUUGUCAGAAACAAACUCAAACUAAGUUUAAUCUCUCAUAGUCUCACAUGGUCGUGUGCAGCUUGUGCAAGCGAGAUGGGCACCUGAAGAAAGACUGUCCUGAAGAUUUCAAGAAAGUGCAGCUGGAUCCUUUACCGCCGAUCACCCCAGACUUCCUCAACAUCCUUAACAAAGUUUGUGAACAGUGCUACAGUGAGUAUUUUUUCUGACUGUGUGAGUGUUUUGGGUCAGAGGCUGGAUCACAUUAACUAGAUUCAAACAUGAAAACAGCAUCUUGAGUUUUAAUCAGCUGAAUGUGUCAUUGGAUUUAGGCCUUGUACACACGUAGCCGUUCAAUUUUGUCAACAAAUAUCCAACCCCCUCUGUUUAUUUAAAAAAAAAAAAAAAAAAAAAAAAAAAAGGUCAGGUACACAUCGUUUUCAAAUAAAAUCCCAUCCACACAAAACCACAGAAAUGUGCUAUUGACUGCGGUUAUCAGCAUGCCAGACCUGGAGUUGGUAGUAUUUGCCAAAAAUACAAAGAGCAAAAUUCCCUUUCUUGUCGUCACUUCCCCAAACAUGAAACAUAACCCUGUGUAUUUAGUUCGUGUAGACUGACAAAGAGGUGGAUUAGCUUUUAAGCAUCGUUUUGGAGUAUAAAGUCAACAAGACACAAGAAACGUGGAGGAAGGGUUAUUUGGUGUAAAAUAACCAACUGCAACUCCUUCUCCUUUGCUCCUCACAAGAAUAUAUAUUCUGGAUAUAUCUGAGCUGUCCACUGCCUGUCUUAAACAAGGACACAUAGUAUAUGAUGUCUAUCUAUUAGUUGUCGCGGACAAUGAUGUUUUGGAAUUUAAAACUCAGAUUAUCUAUUUCUUCAAAAGCUUCACUUUGGCCGGAAUUUUCCAAAAGCACCUUUUUUUAAUAACGUAAUCCUGCUGUUUUGUGUGGAUGGCAAACCAAAACGUAUAAGAAUAUAUUUGUUUUAGCAAAUACCCAUCAACAUGUGCACAAGGCCAAAGAAAAUGUAUGUAAUUACAUCCUGAUGAAUGUCACCUGUUGAUGAAGCAGCAAGAUUGAGCAGUAACAGCGCCCCCAUACGUCUAUACAAGGCAAACAACUAGUACACUACGGGUGGCUGGUCCUGUGGUCAGAAAGAUCUAGGUUGUCCUCAUACUCUGCAAUAUUUAUCAUCCAGCCAUCCAUUUUCUAUACUGCUUAUCGGGGUCAAGGGUAUUAUAUUUAUUAUUCUACAGCAAAUAGCUCAACCUUCUAAUCCAUAUGUAGAUAUACAAAAUACAUUUCCUAGUGGCAUUUUUCUAGACGGUCUCUUACUGAAUGAACCAACAAAAAGAAAAGAAGUUUGAUAAAACAAUUACAAUAAAGAGGGGGUAUCUGUUUCCUUUCCAGCUGACUUUGCUCCAGAUGAACUUGAAGUGGGUGUCAGAGAGCACAUCCUGCAAGACCUGGAAACCUUUGUCAGGAGACAGUUUGCAGGUAAAGAAAACCACUACGUCUGUCUCUGAAGCAUCUUCAUUUGUGUUUAGAUAAUGAUCAUGCAGAAUUAGCCAUGAAGAUGAUGGGCCUGUGAGUAUAUGUUAUUACAUAUCUGUCGGAUGUUCUCUGAUGAGCAGGAGCUCGGCUUCAGCUGUUCGGAUCAUCUAAGAAUGGCUUUGGGUUCAGACAGAGUGACUUGGACAUCUGCAUGGUGCUGGAAGGUCAAGAAACAAUUGAUGUAAGUUUUUUUUCUUAUGGCAAGUUUAAUCUGCAUGAGGAGACUUUUCUUUGUUAUAGAAGCUUUAGGUAUCUUCUUGUUUAACUUAAACUAAUAAUCAAACUCUACAGGGUGUGUAGAUUUAACUUUUGUAAGAAAUUAAAGUUUGGCUUCAUCAAACUCAUAAUUCAGGAAUGAUUGAAUUUGAUUCAUUGGUGGACAGAGUAAAGAUUUAUUUAUUUGUUUGAGCUGGAAUGACAUCCAACAAAUGUUCCAGUCUAAAUAAUGUAGUCUUUCCCUUAACCCCCCCAGGAUGUGGACUGCAUCAAUAUCAUUGAGAGCUUGGCGCGACUGCUGAAGAAACACCCAGGUUAGUUCAGUGGGUUUUAUGUAGGCAGUCCAAGACAAAAAACUUUCCAUAGAUUUGAUUUAUCUUGAUUAACUCGGGUCUCUUGUGGCAUAUCGUCUGAAGUUUGAGCGCAUUAUAGAUGAAAAUAUGUGAAUAAACAUCUGUGUAUUUGAACUAUCUGUCAACAGGUCUGAAGAACAUCCUGCCCAUCACCACAGCCAAAGUACCUAUUGUGAAGUUCUACCAUAUUCGCACUGGUCUAGAAGGAGACAUCAGCCUCUACAACACUCUGGUAAGGCUCAUUCUCUCUAAUAAAUUCCUAAAAUGCCAUUUGGCCUCAAAUUUGGGAUGCUUGAAGAAAAAUGUUUCUGUUUUAGGCUUUACACAACACACGCCUGCUGGCUUCAUAUGCUGCUAUCGACUGGAGAGUAAAGAUUCUCUGUUACGUGAUGAAGGUUUUCGCCAAGGUAAGAAUGCUUUAUAUACUUAAAGCUCCUCACUUUGUAUGCCCUCACUCUGAUUUAAUAACUUUAUAUUUUAGUGCCAAACCUAUUUUCAUCCUUUUUUCAGAUGUGUGACAUUGGCGAUGCUUCGCGCGGCAGCCUCUCGUCUUACGCGUACACCCUCAUGGUGCUGUUCUUCCUCCAGCAGAGAAACCCACCCGUUAUCCCCGUGCUGCAAGAGGUACUAUUGAUAACUUUGGAGAGCAAAAUAUUAGCUCAAUCAUUCAUUUAAAUUUCAGUUUUUUCAGCUUAGAUUUUGAAAUGUUAUCAAACAGAAACAGUUUCUCUAACAGCCCCGUAUGCUCUGAGUGAAUAAAGAGUGUUUAAGUAUUAAUCUAAGUAAGUGAAAUGUUUUAAUUCUUCUGUUUGUGAAACAGAUUUACGAUGGAAAAAAGAAGCCAGAAAUUCUCGUUGAUGGCUGGAACGUGUACUUUUUUGAUGAUUUAAAAGCACUGGUGAGCAUCUUCAUUUCACACAUAUUCCAUGAGUUGCCAUUGUAAAUAUCUUUAUUAAAAACUAUGUAUAUCACAGAGUCUUAAGAACAUGCCAACCUUGAUUCCUUCUCGCUGCAGCCCAGCCGCUGGCCGCAGUACAGGACCAACACGGAGACGGUGGGGGAGCUGUGGCUCGGCCUGCUCUGCUUUUACACUGAGGACUUUGAUUUCAGGGAGCAUGUGGUCUGCAUCCGUCAGCACAGCCGCCUCACCACCUUUAACAAGCAGUGGACGUCCAAGUACAUCGUCAUUGAAGGUCAGCUUGUAGAACACACUCAGGGUGCAGAUGUUUUAUAAGAUAAAAACAUGCAAGAACAAAAAUGGAACAGGAUUUUGUGGGACUACAUUUAGAAGUUGGAUAAAAAUAAUUCUAUGACAUGUUUUUUUUUUUUUUUUUUUUUUUUAAGAUCAUACCAAGCUUCUACUUGUUUGAGUUGAUGCAGCUUUCUAAGACAAUCACAUCAACUCUGUGUGGAAUAUUAGAAUUCCUAAAAUAGUUUUGCCUUCUCUGUCCUGCUCACAUUACAGAUCCAUUUGACCUGAAUCACAAUCUUGGUGCUGGUUUGUCAAGGAAAAGUAAGACAGUUUCUGUUCAUCUAUCACUUUUCUAAUGUAAUCUUUCUUUACCUCUUCAACUUUCCUUUCCUAUUUUAAUUGUCUUUUACUUACUCCCUUUUGUUUUUGUUUUUUGUGCUCAGUGACAAACUUCAUCAUGAAGGCUUUCAUCAACGGCCGAACAGUGUUUGGCACACCUGUCAGAACCCUUCCUCCUGUGUACCCUAGUCAGAUGGUCAGUAUUUGCUCUGUAAACUCAACAUUACCACAUUGAGGAAGCAUAAUCUGGGGAUUGACAUUGUGGCUUUAUAUUUCCCAGGAGUAUUUCUUUGACCCUGAAGUCCUGACUGAGGGAGAAGUGGCUCCAAACGACCGCUGCUGCCGGAUCUGUGGCAAGAUUGGCCACUUCAUGAAGGACUGCCCUUUGCGUAAGAAGUAGGUGAACUCACAAGAACUGUCUAAAUAAGUCGCACAGUUUAAGCAUCUGCACCAUGCCUGAAGCGGGGUGUAUUUGUAAUCUAGAUCCAAGCAUAGAAGGGACUCUGAAAGAAGACCUGAACACAUGCGGGACAGAGUAGAUGGAGAGGACGGCAUGGAUCAGGCCAGACACAAGAGUGAUCAGUGGAGGAAAAGAGAUGGAAUGGAGAUGCGCUGCUGCUACCUUUGUGGAUCAAGUGCCCACAUUAAGAAGGACUGUCAGUUCUACAGAAGCCCUGCAGGUUCAAAAUUUCUUGCUUGACUUUUUUAUAAAGACAUAUUUGAGCCUACAAGAUGAUUUAAUAAACUUUUGCAAAAAGUAGGACUUCUUUUGUCUGUGCCGUAGCAGAUAAAAUGAAGUAAGCCGAUAUUUAGCGAUGUUUGUAAGAUAAUGGUAAGCCAGUUGUUUUAAUUUUAAUCUUCUGUUGUCAUUUGGCAGGUAAUAUGAGAAUGGAAAACUAUUCCUCACCAUCUUCGGCCCACCUGAGGAAUUUGAGAGAGAAAGAGAGACAGGUACGAACUUAAAAAACCCUGAAUUUGAAAUGCAUAAUAAAAUAGUCUGCAGUUCACAGCUUUGCAAACCAAACACCUUUGACCUUGUUAAACUUUCUUCUUCAGGGUUUGCCAAUACAAGAAGAAAAGAAGAAGAGAAAGCAGCAAAAUGUGAUACUGAGUCCACAAGCAGGUAUGUAUUAAUACAAAAUUCUCCACCACAUCUGUCUUCAAAACACAAUUUUCUGUAAAGGGAUGAAGCUUUACCUGCAGAAUAUGGUCUUCAACAUAAAGAUGUGCACUUGUUCGUCUAAAAUGACAGAAUUUUUUUAGUUUGAUUUUGAGCAAACUGUUUUGUUUCAGGGUUAGUCACGAGGGACAGUGAGAGCGAGAAAUGUUCAGAGCAGCAGGUCCAGGUUUUUCCAUCUUCCUUUGCACAUUUCAGAUCAAAUUUGCUAAAUAUUUUGUUCAUUUUAGUUGCUGUGCUCUGUUUGUCUGUCUUGUUCUCUGAACUCUCCAAGCGCACAUUCUGUAAGCCUUGAUAUUGUUUGAAAAAAGCAGCAAAAAGCAAAUACAGAAGUCAUUUAAUCAGGGCGAUCUGUCAGGUUUUCUUUCAGCCUGGUAAGACAAGCUGUGUGUAUUAGUGUACUUAAGUGAGUUGUAAGUGUUGACAAUCCCAUACUGGUUUGUUUCAGGAAGUUUAGCCUGCCGAAACUUGGGUCGCUCUGGUCACAGGAAAAGCCCGGUGGAAUGAUCAGCAGCUGUGGCUACACAGACCGUAAGGUUCCACUCCUGUCCAGGCAGAGAGCAGCCACAAGUCCAGAGAUCCUUAAAUCUGAACGGGACUGUCGGGCAAAUGUGAGCCCGUUAAAAAGCCAAAGCCAGGACGCCUUCACUUGAAGCCAAAUAGGGCCUUUUUAUGUGUUUUAUUUUCUUUUCUCCCCUUGAAGCUCUCCUCCCAGAAGAGCUUUUUAAAGCUUUCAUUUUAACCAGAUGAGCCAUCAUUGUGCAUGCACCUCAUGCCUUUGUUUACCUACACUGCCAGUCAGUUUUUUUAACUCAUUACUUUUCACACAGUGUCUUGCAGAUUCAGUGUGAGAAACUUUACAUUGAAAAAAAAAAAAAAGUGUUUGUCAGGUGACAAAUAACUUGGAUCGUAUCAUCAUAAGGUUUUUGCAGAUUAUAGAAUACAUUUUUGUCUUAUACUUGAUUCUUAAGUUUUUGUUCCACUCACAAGCACAGAAACAGUUAGGGACUUUGUGUUGAUGAAAAAUUUAUGCUGUCAAGACAAAUAGAUAUUGCGAUAUGCAUGGUAUUCUGUCUGCUAUUAGAAGUUGUUCGAAGUCCAUUUAAUUUGAAAAUUCAUCCUCUAUUUUAAACCAAACCAAAAAGUCUCUUUUAGUUCACUUGUUUCUCCUUUUUAAAGUUGAAAUAUUUUAAGGCAAACUCACACUCCUUUUUACUUCAUGUGAGUUUCUUAUGUAACCAUGGGAAGUUUUGAGUAGCUGUGCACUUCUCAGAAUACCUUGGAUCUUGUUUCUUUGAGAUCCUCUUUGAUUUGUCCUCUGCACUGACGUCCAGCAGUUCAUCUCUACUUUAUCCUGCAAAGAAACUCAAUAUAAGGCAUCUCUGUUUGUGUGUCUUUGUGUUGGAGAAUCUCCCUGUAGAUAUUUUCCAGGAUUGUCCUUUUAUUUUUUUGAGACUGCUGACCCACCGCUGAAUUCACAGACUCCAGCUGCCCCCUUUCAUUGCCUCGUAUGGGUUACUGACAAGACAGUGAAGCUGCACUUUGUUGAUCCUGGCUUGUUUCCGUCUUUUUACAAUGAUAGGAAGUGUCAUAACUGUUGCGCACAUGGAGUAGAGAAGGUUUGGUGAAAGUUCUCAUAUUCCCUCUCAGAUAACAUUUCUCAGAAACCUAUAAACUGGUCCAACUGAUUGAGUACACUGCUGCAAACACUGUUUAUCUUUCCUGAAACUAGAGUUAACUCGGUGAGUUCAGUGGGGAGAUAAAUGUAUUUAUUUGCCACAAAGGCUUUGUUUUGUCGUUCUAGUGCCACCGAAUGGUAGCUGCACUGUGAGGGUUCAUGCCCUCGAGAUUUGUUGCUGCUAGUUUGUCUCAAAGACCUGCUUAUCAUUUUAAUUUGAAUAUAAACUGUCUGGCUUUGUUGUAGUCCUAAUAUGGCUGACUUUUAUUCUAAUGAAAAGAAAGUGCUGAUGGUAUUAUAAUCAAACCUUUCAUUUUAAUGUAGCUUUGUUUUUAUGCCAGCCCUUAUGCAUUAUUUUGAACUCAAAUUGAAGGUUUAGUUUGUUCUAAAGGAACCCCAACCCUCCCUGGAAAGGUGGGCUUGCAAUCCAUUUUGUGACGCAAAAAAAUAAACAACUCAAAUUCAA